CCCAGGCCAUUUUGUGAGGCUUCCCUUGGUCACAUGACCCGACACACAUGACCGCCAGUUCCCGUCUGCGGAGCUAGAUAUGGGUCCCCAGGAGGGGGACACAGUGUGCCCCAGGGCUGGUCCCUCUGUCCUGCUGCUAGGCCUGGUGCUGCUUAGCCUCGGGGCUGCCCAGCCCUCCAGGACCCUGGCUGCCCGUCACAGCGCUGACCCCAAGUUCCGGGAGUACUACUUUGAGCAGGUCCUAGACCACUUCAACUUCGAGAGCUUCGGCAACAAGACCUUCAGUCAGCGAUUCCUGGUGUCAGACAAGUUCUGGAGGCAGUCUGAGGGCCCUAUCUUCUUCUACACGGGGAAUGAGGGCGAUGUGUGGGUCUUCGCCAACAACUCAGGCUUCCUGGUGGAGCUGGCACAGCAGCAGGAGGCCCUGCUUGUCUUUGCGGAGCAUCGGUACUACGGGAAGUCGCUCCCAUUCGGCGCACAGUCCACGCAGCGUGGGUACCUGAGGCUGCUGACCGUGGAGCAGGCACUGGCCGACUUUGCCGUGUUGCUGCAGGCCCUGCGGCGGGACCUCGGUGCCCAGGAUGCCCCCACCAUCGCCUUCGGAGGGAGCUAUGGGGGGAUGCUUAGCGCCUACAUGAGGAUGAAGUACCCCCACCUGGUGGCAGGGGCGCUGGCGGCCAGCGCACCCGUUGUAGCUGUCUCAGGCCAUGGCGACUCCUACCAGUUCUUCCGGGAUGUCACGUUGGACUUCUAUAAGCAGAGCCCCAAAUGUGCCCAGGGUGUACGUGAUGCUUUCCAGCAGAUCAGGGACCUGUUCCUGCAGGGAGCCUAUGAUAGGAUUAGCCAAGAGUUUGGCACCUGCCAGUCACUCUCAGGCCUGCAGGACUUGACGCAGCUCUUUGUGUUUGCACGGAAUGCCUUCACCGUGCUGGCCAUGAUGGACUACCCAUACCCAACUGACUUCCUGGUGUACCUGCCCGCCAACCCUGUCAAGGUUGGCUGUGACCGGCUGCUGAGUGAGGCCCAGAGGAUCACGGGGCUUCGAAGUCUGGCAGGGCUGGUCUACAAUGCCUCAGGCACAGAGCGCUGUUAUGACAUCUACCAGCUGUACCACAGCUGUGCUGACCCCACUGGCUGUGGCACUGGCUCCGAUGCCCAAGCCUGGGACUACCAGGCCUGCACAGAAAUUAACCUGACAUUCAACAGCAACAACAUGACCGACAUGUUCCCUGCGCUCCUGUUCACCGAGGAGCUCCGCCAGCAGUACUGUCUGGACAAGUGGGGCGUGUGGCCCCGGCCUGACUGGCUGCAGACCAGCUUUGGGGGUGGAAACAUCAAGGAUGCCAGCAACAUCAUCUUCUCCAAUGGUGACCUGGACCCCUGGGCCGGUGGUGGGAUACAGAGGAACCUCAGUGCAUCUGUGGUCGCCGUCACCAUCCGGGGCGGAGCACAUCACCUGGACCUCAGAGCAUCUCAGCCAGAGGACCCUGAAUCUGUCGUGGAGGUGCGCAGGCUGGAGGCCAGCCUCAUCCGGGAGUGGGUAAAGGCGGCCAGGUGUGAGUGGCAGCCUGUGCCACAUGGGGGACCUGGGGCGGAAAGGCAGUAGCCCCCACCGUGAGGCCAGCAGGCCUGAGGGGAGCACUUCAGAGUUCCCGUGGAUCACAGUGACCACCCCAGUGCAGGGCCUCUGAGCACAGGGGCAGACAGCAGGGUGGACACCUAGGGCCAGGCUGGAU